AUGGAGACAAAGCUGCCCCCUGCGAGCACCCCCACCAGCCCCUCUUCCCCUGGGCUGUCGCCUGUGCCCCCACCUGACAAGGUGGACGGCUUCUCCCGCCGUUCCCUCCGCAGGGCCCGGCCCCGGCGCUCCCACAGCUCCUCUCAGUUCCGCUAUCAGAGCAACCAGCAAGAGCUCACUCCACUGCCCCUGCUCAAAGAUGUGCCAGCCUCUGAGCUGCACGAGCUGUUGAGCCGGAAGCUGGCCCAAUGUGGGGUGAUGUUUGACUUCUUGGACUGUGUGGCUGACCUGAAGGGGAAGGAGGUGAAGCGGGCAGCGCUCAAUGAGCUGGUGGAGUGUGUGGGGAGCACCCGGGGGGUCCUCAUUGAGCCUGUCUACCCUGACAUCAUCCGCAUGAUCUCAGUGAAUAUCUUCCGGACCCUGCCACCCAGUGAGAACCCUGAAUUUGAUCCUGAAGAGGAUGAGCCCAACCUUGAGCCUUCCUGGCCACAUCUGCAGCUGGUAUAUGAGUUUUUCCUGCGUUUCUUGGAGAGCCCAGACUUCCAGCCCUCUGUGGCCAAGAGAUAUGUGGAUCAAAAGUUUGUCCUGAUGCUCCUGGAGCUAUUUGAUAGUGAGGACCCCCGGGAGCGUGAGUACCUCAAGACCAUCCUGCACCGGGUCUAUGGCAAGUUCCUGGGGCUCCGGGCCUACAUCCGCAAACAGUGCAGCCACAUCUUCCUCCGGUUCAUCUAUGAACUCGAGCACUUCAAUGGUGUGGCUGAGCUGCUGGAGAUCUUAGGAAGCAUCAUCAAUGGCUUUGCGCUGCCCCUGAAGACCGAGCACAAGCAGUUCCUGGUCCGGGUCCUGAUUCCCCUGCACUCUGUCAAGUCACUGUCUGUCUUUCAUGCCCAGCUGGCAUACUGUGUGGUGCAGUUCCUGGAGAAAGAUGCCACCUUGACAGAGCACGUGAUCCGGGGGCUGCUCAAAUACUGGCCAAAAACCUGUACCCAGAAGGAGGUGAUGUUUCUGGGGGAGAUGGAAGAGAUUCUUGAUGUCAUCGAGCCUUCCCAGUUUGUGAAGAUCCAGGAACCCCUCUUCAAGCAGGUGGCCCGCUGUGUGUCUAGCCCCCAUUUCCAGGUUGCAGAGCGGGCUCUGUAUUUCUGGAACAACGAGUAUAUCCUGAGCCUCAUUGAGGACAACUGCCACACUGUGCUGCCUGCUGUGUUUGGGACCCUCUACCAAGUCUCUAAGGAACACUGGAAUCAAACCAUCGUAUCUCUGAUCUACAAUGUGCUCAAGACAUUCAUGGAGAUGAAUGGAAAGCUGUUUGAUGAGCUCACAGCCUCCUACAAGCUAGAGAAGCAGCAGGAGCAGCAGAAGGCCCGGGAGCGUCAGGAGCUAUGGCAAGGCCUGGAGGAGCUACGGCUACGCCGGUUACAGGGGACCCAAGGGGCCAAAGAGGCCCCCCUCCAGCGGCUUACACCCCAGGUGGCCACCAGUGGGGGUCAGAGCUAG